AUGUUCAUUGCACGAUCUGAAUAUGGUAAGCCCCAUCCCGUCCCGCCAAUGCCCUUAGGACCGACCACCUUCUCCCCCGAAGGCCGUUUGUUCCAGGUCGAAUACUCUCUCGAAGCUAUCAAGCUAGGCUCUACGGCGAUCGGUGUCGCAACAUCGGAAGGUGUCAUCCUCGGUGUCGAGAAGCGUGUCACAUCCACGCUGCUCGAAGCCUCGUCCGUGGAGAAGAUCGUCGAGAUUGACCAGCACAUCGGCUGCGCCAUGUCCGGCCUGCAGGCCGAUGCCCGGAACCUCGUCGAGCACGCCCGGGUCGAGUGCCAGAACCAUGCCUUCCACUACGCCGAGCCUCUGCGGGUCGAGAGCACCACGCAGGCGAUUUGUGACCUGGCCCUCCGGUUCGGUGAGAGUGGCGAUGACGAGGAGAGUGUCAUGAGCAGACCGUUUGGAGUAGCGCUGUUAAUUGCCGGUCACGAUGAGGAUGGGCCGCAGCUGUAUGUGAUGGCAUUUGAACAUUUCCAUGCGCGACUCGCUAAUCUCUGUUUACCUUUUAGAUAUCACGCCGAACCGUCGGGUACGUUCUACCGGUAUGACGCCAAGGCCAUCGGCUCCGGAAGCGAAGGCGCCCAGGCCGAACUGCAGAAUGAAUACCACCGCUCCUUGACGCUAGCCGAGGCCGAAACGUUGGUUCUGAAGACGCUGAAACAGGUCAUGGAGGAGAAGCUUGAUUCGAAGAAUGUCCAGUUGGCAAGCGUGACUAAGGAGAAUGGGUUCCGCAUCUACAAUGACGAGCAGAUGUCCCAGGCUGUCGCACAGCUGGGUGGGAAUCAAUAA